UUUUCCAUGUCUUGGUGGGAGUAAACACAGUUUCCUUCUGGCCAUGCCAAGGGUCAAGUGUCAUAGGUUGCCCUGAAGAGUUGGCCCCCAAGACCUACCUGUGAAGCCCCUGGAAGGCUCUUGCUCUCAAAGCUGCCAGGGUCCAUGCUCACCUUCCCACCCUAGGCUGGCCCACCCUUUGUCCCUGGUCUUAGUGCAUCUUGUGGCCCAAACUAAAAGUCAGAGGUUAUGAGUCCAGCUGACCUGAAAACCAUUAUCCCAACCCAGCUUCCCUUCCUCUCCUCAAUUAUCUUGCAAAAUGCAGAGUCCCUAGGCCUUGGUUGACCUAGGCUCCUUGGCAUCCUCAGGCCCUGAACUAUGGAAAAAAUUCUGCCAAGGCUUCAGAGUUGCCUGAGUAUAGGAUUUUCCAAAGCCCCAUCUUGAUGAUAUUAUCCCAAGAGCGGAGAAAUGACUGAGAAAUUCCCCAAGCCCAUAAAGGUGACAAGAAGUUUGCUCCACAUGGUGAUGUAGACAGUGCCAGGUGUCUGGGUUUAUAAAAGGCACAGACAGUGAGGGAGAGCUCAGAACCCUUCUCCUCUUCCUCCGGCUUCAUCUCCUCCAGGCUUGAGUCACUAUGACCUGUGGAUCAGCUUGCUUUAGCUCCCGUAGUGGAGUCCGCAAUUCCAGCUCCUGUGUGACCACUCAAAGGUACGCUCCUGGGCGCACCUUCAGCUGUGUCUCGGCCUGCGGGCCCAGGCCCAGCCGCUGCUGCAUCACGGCUGCUCCUUACCGCGGUGUCUCCUGCUACCGUGGGCUCACUGGGGGCUUCAGCAGUCGCAGUGUCUGUGGGGGCUCCCGUGCUGGUUCCAGCAGCCACAGCUUUGGGUACCGCUCUGGUGGCCCCAGCCCUCCCUGCAUCACCUCUGUGUCAGUCAACCAGAGCCUCCUCAGGCCCCUCAACCUGGAGAUCGACCCCAAUGUGCAGAGCAUAAAGCACCAGGAGAAGGAGCAGAUCAAGAGCCUCAACAGCAAGUUUGCUGCCUUCAUUGACAAGGUGCGCUUCCUGGAGCAGCAGAACAAGCUGCUGGAGACCAAGUGGAAGUUCUACCAGAACCAGCGCUGCUGCGAGAGCAACCUGGAGCCCCUGUUCAAUGGCUACAUCGAGACGCUGAGGCGGGAGGCUGAGCGUGUGGAGGCCGACAGCGGGAGGCUGGCCUCAGAGCUCAACAGCCUGCAGGAGGUGCUGCAGGGCUACAAGAAGAAGUAUGAAGAAGAGGUCGCCCUGAAGACCACGGCAGAGAAUGAGUUUGUCAAAAUCAAGCAGGAGGUUAAUUGUGCCUAUGUGCUCAAGGGAGAUCUGGAGGCCAACGCACACAGCCUGGUAGAGGAGGUGGGCUUCCUGAAGACCCUGUAUGAAGAGGAGUUGAGAGUCAUGCAAGCCCACAUCUCAGACACCUCAGUUAUUGUCAAGAUGGACAAUAGCCGGUACCUGAACAUGGACAGCAUUGUCGCUGAGAUCAAGGCUCACUAUGAUGAAAUCGCCAGCCGCAGUCAGGCCAAGGCUGAGAGCUGGUACCGCAGCAAGUAUGAGGAGAUCAAGGCCACAGUGAUCCGGCAUGGGGAGACCCUGAGCCGCACCAAGGAGGAGAUCAAUGAGCUCAACCGCCUGAUCCAGAGGCUGACAGCUGAGAUUGAAAAUGCUAAGAGCCAGAACUCCAAGCUGGAGGCCGCAGUGACCCAGGCGGAGCAGCAGGGCGAGGCGGCCCUUAAUGAUGCCCAGGGCAAGCUGGCGGGGCUGGAGAAAGCCCUGCAGAAGGCCAAGCAGGACAUGGCCUGCCUGCUCAAGGAGUACCAGGAGGUGAUGAGCUCCAAGCUGGGCCUGGACAUCGAGAUCGCCACCUACAGGCGCCUGCUGGAGGGCGAGGAGCAGAGGCUGUGUGAAGGCAUCAAUGCUGUGAAUGUCAGUGAGUAAUUCGGGCCCUGAAGGGGAGACACU